AUGAACGGCUGCGCAGGAACGGCUGCGCAUAAACGGCUGCGCAGGAACGGCUGCGCAGGAACGGCUGCGCAGGAACGGCUGCGCAGGAACGGCUGCGCAGGAACGGCUGCGCAGGAACGGCUGCGCAGGAACGGCUGCGCAGGAACGGCUGCGCAGGAACGGCUGCGCAGGAACGGCUGCGCAGUAACGGCUGCGCAGAAACGGCUGCGCAGAAACGGCUGCGCAGGAACGGCUGCGCAGGAACGGCUGCGCAGGAACGGCUGCGCAGGAACGGCUGCGCAGGAACGGCUGCGCAGGAACGGCUGCGCAGGAACGGCUGCGCAGCAACGGCUGCGCAGCAACGGCUGCGCAGCAACGGCUGCGCAGGAACGGCUGCGCAGGAACGGCUGCGCAGGAACGGCUGCGCAGGAACGGCUGCGCAGAAGCGGCUGCGCAGAAGCGGCUGCGCAGAAGCGGCUGCGCAGAAGCGGCUGCGCAGAAGCGGCUGCGCAGAAGCGGCUGCGCAGAAGCGGCUGCGCAGAAGCGGCUGCGCAGAAGCGGCUGCGCAGAAGCGGCUGCGCAGAAGCGGCUGCGCAGAAGCGGCUGCGCAGAAGCGGCUGCGCAGAAGCGGCUGCGCAGAAGCGGCUGCGCAGAAGCGGCUGCGCAGAAGCGGCUGCGCAGAAGCGGCUGCGCAGAAGCGGCUGCGCAGAAGCGGCUGCGCAGAAGCGGCUGCGCAGUAGCGGCUGCGCAGAAGCGGCUGCGCAGAAGCGGCUGCGCAGGAACGGCUGCGCAGGAACGGCUGCGCAGGAACGGCUGCGCAGGAACGGCUGCGCAGGAACGGCUGCGCAGGAACGGCUGCGCAGGAACGGCUGCGCAGGAACGGCUGCGCAGGAACGGCUGCGCAGGAACGGCUGCGCAGGAACGGCUGCGCAGGAACGGCUGCGCAGGAACGGCUGCGCAGGAACGGCUGCGCAGGAACGGCUGCGCAGGAACGGCUGCGCAGGAACGGCUGCGCAGGAACGGCUGCGCAGAAGCGGCUGCGCAGAAGCGGCUGCGCAGAAGCGGCUGCGCAGAAGCGGCUGCGCAGAAGCGGCUGCGCAGAAGCGGCUGCGCAGAAGCGGCUGCGCAGAAGCGGCUGCGCAGAAGCGGCUGCGCAGAAGCGGCUGCGCAGAAGCGGCUGCGCAGAAGCGGCUGCGCAGAAGCGGCUGCGCAGAAGCGGCUGCGCAGAAGCGGCUGCGCAGAAGCGGCUGCGCAGAAGCGGCUGCGCAGAAGCGGCUGCGCAGAAGCGGCUGCGCAGAAGCGGCUGCGCAGAAGCGGCUGCGCAGAAGCGGCUGCGCAGAAGCGGCUGCGCAGAAACGGCUGCGCAGAAACGGCUGCGCAGAAACGGCUGCGCAGAAACGGCUGCGCAUAAACGGCUGCGAACGGCUGCGCAGGAACGGAUGCGCAGGAACGGAUGCGCAGGAACGGCUGCGCAGGAACGGCUGCGCAGGAACGGCUGCGCAGGAACGGCUGCGCAGGAACGGCUGCGCAGGAACGGCUGCGCAGAAACGGCUGCGCAGAAACGGCUGCGCAGGAACGGCUGCGCAGGAACGGCUGCGCAGGAACGGCUGCGCAGGAACGGCUGCGCAGGAACGGCUGCGCAGGAACGGCUGCGCAGGAACGGCUGCGCAGGAACGGCUGCGCAGAAACGGCUGCGCAGUAACGGCUGCGCAGGAACGGCUGCGCAGGAACGGCUGCGCAGGAACGGCUGCGCAGGAACGGCUGCGCAGGAACGGCUGCGCAGGAACGGCUGCGCAGGAACGGCUGCGCAGGAACGGCUGCGCAGAAACGGCUGCGCAGAAACGGCUGCGCAGAAGCGGCUGCGCAGAAGCGGCUGCGCAGAAGCGGCUGCGCAGAAGCGGCUGCGCAGAAGCGGCUGCGCAGAAGCGGCUGCGCAGAAGCGGCUGCGCAGAAGCGGCUGCGCAGAAGCGGCUGCGCAGAAGCGGCUGCGCAGGAACAGCUGCGCAGAAGCGGCUGCGCAGGAACGGCUGCGCAGGAACGGCUGCGCAGGAACGGCUGCGCAGGAACGGCUGCGCAGGAACGGCUGCGCAGGAACGGCUGCGCAGGAACGGCUGCGCAGGAACGGCUGCGCAGGAACGGCUGCGCAGGAACGGCUUCGCAGGAACGGCUUCGCAGGAACGGCUGCGCAGGAACGGCUGCGCAGGAACGGCUGCGCAGGAACGGCUGCGCAGGAACGGCUGCGCAGGAACGGCUGCGCAGGAACGGCUGCGCAGGAACGGCUGCGCAGGAACGGCUGCGCAGGAACGGCUGCGCAGGAACGGCGGCGCAGAAGCGGCUGCGCAGAAGCGGCUGCGCAGAAGCGGCUGCGCAGAAGCGGCUGCGCAGAAGCGGCUGCGCAGAAGCGGCUGCGCAGAAGCGGCUGCGCAGAAGCGGCUGCGCAGAAGCGGCUGCGCAGAAGCGGCUGCGCAGAAGCGGCUGCGCAGAAGCGGCUGCGCAGAAGCGGCUGCGCAGAAGCGGCUGCGCAGAAGCGGCUGCGCAGAAGCGGCUGCGCAGAAGCGGCUGCGCAGAAGCGGCUGCGCAGAAGCGGCUGCGCAGAAGCGGCUGCGCAGAAGCGGCUGCGCAGAAGCGGCUGCGCAGAAGCGGCUGCGCAGAAGCGGCUGCGCAGAAGCGGCUGCGCAGAAGCGGCUGCGCAGAAGCGGCUGCGCAGAAGCGGCUGCGCAGAAGCGGCUGCGCAGAAGCGGCUGCGCAGAAGCGGCUGCGCAGAAACGGCUGCGCAGAAACGGCUGCGCAGAAACGGCUGCGCAGAAACGGCUGCGCAGAAACGGCUGCGCAGAAACGGCUGCGCAGAAACGGCUGCGCAUGAACGGCUGCGCAUGA